AAGAGAAAGAGUACAAGUCUAAACCAAUCUUUUAUUUCUGGUAUGAGCUCUCUUGAGCCUAUGCUCACCUUAGGCCUCUCCGGUGACCCCUAUGGAUCUCCGACGAUGAGUAAGGUGUUCAAAGAGUCAACACAAAGCCCUGUCUCAUCGUUCUCCAACGCAAACCCAAGAAGUAUUAAGAGCGAGGAGAUCAUCGGAGAAGAGACCGGCACGGAGAAAGUCUCGCCACGGGGAAGCGAUGACGAUGAAGAAGUUUGUGCUAAGAAGAAGCUUAGGCUUACCAAGGAUCAAUCUGCCCUUUUGGAAGAAAGGUUCAAAGAACAUACUACCCUUAAUCCGAAACAAAAGCAAGCCUUGGCAAAACAAUUGAAUCUUAGGCCAAGACAAGUUGAAGUAUGGUUUCAAAACAGGAGAGCAAGGUACAUAUAUAUAUACAUGUGUGUGUGCUCUUUUAGUUUCAAAACAGCUGCAAAGAUCAUGGAUUCUUCCAGGAACUAUCAAUUUGUUUUUGUGAAGAGCUUAAGGAGUUUGUGA